AUGGAUUAUCUUACCAUCCUCUCCACACGGUCUUUGAUCCUCUUUCCCUCACAUCACUCAUUACCUUCCAACAUACCUAUUCAUCGACCAUUACCUACUUCACCAUUAUCUUCACCAAUCUCACCGACAUUCAUCCUACUCCCUCCCGAACCUAUCGCUUUACCUAUAAGCUCGUUGUUAUAUAACGAGACUAAUUGCAGGUAUUACCUCAUCCAUCAUGUACUUACCACCACUCAAUCCGAUCCAUUCCGACUCCAGAAAGAUGACAGAAGGAAAAGGAACGAGGUGGAAGUGAUGGUCUUUAAGGAAUUAGAUAGAGUAAAGAUGUUCGUAAGGGAAUUAGGCAAUUGGUUCAACAAGCAGUCGGUAAAUGGGAUGGAAGAAGAUGAGUUGCGGGACUUGGCAGGUAAAUAUGGUCUGGGGUUACAGAUGGAUUUGCCAAAGGGUGAUGGACAUGCUGCUAGCCAUGGGUACGAGUCUAAAGGAGAGACGAUGGUAUUGGUCUAG